GUGGUGGUGGUGCGUGUGGGGGGUUCUAGUCCCAAAUAUACUUGCUUGCUUGCCAGCAUACAGCUUGAUGUGUGUUUGAAUCGUAACGAGUCAAAAAAAGAGAAAAGAAAAAAAUAAGCGGCUUCUUCCUGGCAUUGCGCGUCAUUCAAUCGGGGCUCGGUUGUACUGCUUUUCCCUCUAUUGCAUUAGUAAUAACAGCAGCGUUGACGGACGACAGCAAGAGAGAUAGAGAGAGAGAGGGAGAGAGAAAGAGAGAGAGAGAGAGAGGCAGAGUGUGUAUGUGUGUGUCUCCGACAGCGGUGCCCAGCGGAGGAAUAUUUGAGCUUUUUAUUUACUCUGCUGCUUGUUGUUCGUUUUUCUCUGCGUUAUGGUGAACUUGGGCAGUCACGUGUGAACAGCUCUACAAGUCCAGAGGACGGCGACUUCUCACCUGGCGUGUCCCUUUGACUUUUUUGCCGUAAAGGGAGCUAUAUAAAUAUACCUGCCGUUUUUGUUAUCCACCUCCUUCUGAAAGCUGACAUCGCUGGACUCCAUCCAUUCCUGUGACGGACCACAACUGCUAAUUAUCUCCCUUAGGGAUGAAAUAUGCACAUGUACAUUCUGAAGCCGUAGAAAAAAACAGACGAUACACACUGUAAAGUCCAAAGUGGUUUUAAAUCAUGAUGAUGCAGGAGUCGGCCACAGAGACAAUAAGCAACAGUUCAAUGAGUCAAAAUGGAAUGAGCACCCUAAGCAGCAGCCAAUUAGAGGCUGGCAGUAGAGAUGGGAGAUCAAGCGCUGGUGACACGAGCAGCGAAGUAAGCACAGUCGAGCUGCUGCAUCUGCAACAACAGCAGGCCCUACAAGCAGCGAGGCAAUUACUCUUGCAGCAGCCAGGCAGUGGCCUGAAAUCUCCAAAGAGCCAGGACAAACAGCGUCCACUGCAGGUUCCAGUGUCGGUGGCCAUGAUGAGUCCCCAGGUGAUCACGCCGCAACAGAUGCAGCAGAUCCUCCAGCAGCAGGUGCUUUCCCCUCAGCAGCUCCAGGCCCUGCUCCAGCAGCAGCAGGCUGUUAUGCUACAGCAGCAACACCUGCAGGAGUUCUAUAAGAAACAGCAGGAGCAGCUUCAUCUGCAGCUUCUCCAGCAACAGCAUCCUGGCAAACAGGUGAAAGAGCAACAGCAACAACAGCAGCAGCAGCAGCAGCUGGCCGCCCAGCAGCUCGUCUUCCAGCAGCAGCUCCUGCAGAUGCAGCAGCUCCAGCAGCAGCAGCACCUGCUCAACAUGCAGAGGCAGGGCCUGCUCUCCCUGCCCGGGCCCGCCCCCGGUCAGGCUGCCCUGCCCGGACAGACGCUGCCCCCUCAAGCUGGUCUCAGCCCAGCAGAGUUACAGCAGCUAUGGAAGGACGUGACCGGAGGCGGCGGCGGAGGCGGCCACACGAUGGAGGACAACGGCCACAAACACAGCAACAGUGGCACCGGCACCGGCGGCAAUGGCGGCGGUGGAGGAUUAGACCUCUCCACCAACAACUCUUCUUCAACUACCUCCUCCUCUAAUCCCGCCAAAGCGUCACCUCCCAUCUCUCACCAUUCCAUCGUCAACGGACAGUCCCCGGCCCUCAACCACAGAAGAGAGAGGGAGCGGGAACGGGAACGAGAGCGAGAGAGUUCACUUCAUGAAGAAAGCGGCGGGACCCACCCUCUGUACGGCCACGGCGUGUGUAAAUGGCCCGGCUGCGAGAACAUCUGUGAAGACUUUGGACAGUUCCUCAAGCAUCUAAACAGCGAACAUGCCCUGGACGACCGGAGCACGGCUCAGUGUCGAGUCCAGAUGCAGGUUGUACAGCAGCUGGAAAUACAGCUUUCUAAAGAACGUGAGCGUCUCCAGGCCAUGAUGACCCACUUGCACAUGCGGCCCUCAGAACCCAAGUCAUCUCCCAAACCACUGAACUUGGUGUCCAGCGUCACCAUGUCCAAGAACUUGCCCUCGGCGUCGCCCCCAAACUUACCUCAGACGCCCACCACGCCCACUGCUCCGAUCACGCCAAUGGCCGCCAUGCCCCAGGUGCCAUCAGUAUUAGGGGGCGCCAACGUACCCAGCAUGGGAGCGAUGCGCAGACGCCACUCGGAUAAAUACUCCAUGCCCCUGUCAGGUGGUGACACAGUAUUUAUUUUUCCAGAGAUUGCCCCAAACUACGAGUUUUAUAAGAACGCCGAUGUCAGACCGCCAUUUACUUAUGCAACCCUCAUAAGACAGGCUAUCAUGGACUCUGCUGACAUGCAGUUAACGCUUAAUGAAAUCUACAGCUGGUUCACGCGCACGUUUGCCUACUUCAGACGCAAUGCUGCAACCUGGAAGAAUGCCGUUCGUCACAACCUCAGUCUCCACAAAUGCUUCGUCCGCGUGGAGAACGUGAAGGGAGCCGUGUGGACGGUGGACGAGGUGGAGUACCAGAAGCGCAGGUCACAAAAGAUCACAGGAAGCCCAUCACUUGUCAAGAACCUUCCCUCCAGUCUGGGUUACGGAACUGCACUAAACGCCAGCUUACAGGCGGCUCUGGCCGAGACCUCCCUGCCUCUGCUGGGGACCCCGGGCCUCAUGAACAGCGGCUCCACGGGCCCGAUGGGCGGGAGCUGCCACGGCCUCCUGGGUGGAGAUCCGUCUGGUCUGACAGGCGGCAGUCCGCCCGGACUCUUAGGAGGCAGCCCCCCAGGCACGCUGAGCGGCAGCCCGCCGUCCCUGUUGCAGUCUGCCCACGAGGAGCUCAACGGCACGCUUGACCACCUGGACACCAACGGACACAGCAGCCCUGGAUACUCCCCACCUGUACACAUGGGUUUUCCAGUUUCUUUAAAUUUUUCACAUGACAAACUUAAGUGGCCGUCCGUUCACGUCAAGGAGGAGCCGCUGAACAUGGACGACGACGACUGUCCGAUGUCGCUCGUGACGACGGCCAAUCACAGUCCGGAGCUGGAGGAGGACCGGGAACUGGAGGAAGGGAACUUGUCAGAGGACCUGGAGUGACCGAUGUUCCUGCUCCACGUUCUCCUCCUCUCACACAGACCUCCUGCGAGACUUAACCACUCCACAGUCCAAGUAAACACAGCUGACUCACACUCUCUGUCUCUAUCACCACUGGGACUAUUUAUUGAGCAUGCAUCCGGAUGGAGACCGCUCCAAAGGAACUCUACGUUGCAGCCCUUUGGGAUUCCCCGAAAAUGACCGGCAUGAUUUGUCUGGUUAAAAACGAAAAAUGAGAACGGAAAAAAAAACAAACAAAAAAAAAAACUCUUAAAGAGACGGCGUGGCCACAUACAGUACUGAGAUGAUGGACUCAAGAAUGGAA